AGAAUAUACUCAUGGAUACUACUUCUGUAUGUCGAAUUUCAUCGGCGAUCUCGUCUCCUAUUACCGAUAAAAAGCUCAUCUGCCCAUUAUCACAAUCCUCAGUAUUUUCCUCUUACAAACAGAUCAAUCUCACCGGAAUUAUGAUCCUUCAGAAUCAACAACAGAGUGCACGUGUCAUCUCUUGCCUUAACCCACUUUCAUCGUCUUCUUCUUCCUGGCCGGAGCCCUUGAUGAUCUCCCUUGACAACCCACCUGAAGGCUACAGAAGAAAUGUGGGUAUUUGUUUGAUCAACGACUCCAAAAAGAUUUUUGCAGCUUCAAGGCUUGACAUAGCCAACACAUGGCAAAUGCCACAGGGUGGUAUAGGUAAUAACGAAGAUCCAAGAGUUGCAGCAAUUAGAGAACUAAAAGAAGAAACUGGAAUUACAUCAGCUCAACUACUUGCAGAGGUACCUUAUUGCUUAGCCUAUGAAUUCUCGCCUGAAGCUAGAGAAAGACACAAGCGUCUAUACGGAUCAAACUGGAAAGGCCAAGUACAGAAAUGGUUUCUUUUUGAAUUUACAGGAAAGGAAGAAGAAAUCAACCUUGGUGGAGAUGGGAAUGAGAAGCCUGAAUUUGAAGAGUGGUCAUGGAUGUCAUCACAACAAAUAGUUGAUCUUGCAGUGGAUUUCAAGAAGCCUAUUUACAAGGAAGUUUUAGCUGUUUUCUCAACCUAUCUCCAAUAAGACUGACAUGAAAAGAUAAAAUGUAGCAUUUUAAAGAAAAUAUUUCAAGUCUUUCUUGCAAAUAUAUGCUCUUUUAUUAGUCUUCUAC